UACCAAAUAUUCAUAAAUAUCAACAAAAAAAUCACUCACUUUUCAAACAUACACAAUCUAAUCAUUCAUCAAUGAAAAGAAUUAGAAUGGAGACUUACUUACUUUCUCUUUCCCUUGCACUUUUCAUUCUAAAUUCCUUGACCCUCUCCUCAACCCAAACAACUCCCAACUACUCCACUGAUCAACAAUCCCUAAUUAUCUUCAGAAAUUCCCUCACACAAAACCCUAAUUCCCUCAACAACUGGUCCACCAACACCUCCAUCUGCGAAUGGACCGGUGUCUCAUGCGGGCCCCGCCACCAACGUGUCACCGCCCUCAACAUCUCCGGCUUCGCCCUCCACGGAACCCUCCCUCCGCAUCUCGGAAACCUAAUGUUUCUCCGAUCCCUCGACAUCAGCUCCAACAACUUCACCGGCCCCAUACCCUCCCACCUCUCCAAACUACGUCGUUUGAGGACGAUAAACGCGGGAUUUAACAACCUCACCGGAGAAAUCCCGCCGUGGUUAGGAUCUUUAUCUCAACUCCAACAUGUCCGUCUCAAUAACAACUCCUUCUUUGGGACAAUCCCUCCUUCUUUGUUCAAUGCUUCCACUUUGCUAACUUUGGAGCUCGGAAACAAUUUUCUUGAAGGAUAUGUUCCGAAAGAGAUUGCCAAUUUUUCUUCACUAGAAUGGUUGAAUUUGAGAGGGAAUAUGUUCAUGGGCACUUUGCCUCGUGGCAUCUUCAAUAUUUCUUCUUUGGUGUAUUUGAAUAUGAAACUUAAUGGUUUAAGUGGUGAGAUACCAAAUGAUAUGUGUGGUAAUGAAAAUCCAAAACUCAAAAGAAUUAUAAUGGAUAACAACCAGUUGUUAGGGAGGAUUCCACCAAAUAUUGGAAAAUGCAAAGAGCUGGAAGAGAUUUGGUUAAGUAGUAAUGAGUUAAGUGGCAGUGUACCAAUUGAAAUUGGGAGUUUGAGCAAGCUCAAGGUUAUAUCAUUCUCGACCAACCGGUUAACAGGUCCCAUACCAAAGGAAAUCGGAAAUCUUACAUACCUCAAAACUCUAGGACUCUCUUUAAAUCAGCUGGAAGGUGAACUGCCAGAAGAGCUAGGUAAACUAGCAAACCUUGAGCGUUUGCAUGUUGCCUUCAAUGACCAUUUAAAUGGCUCCAUCCCAUCUUCCAUAUUCAACAUCUCAACAUUGAAAGCAUUACAACUUCAACAAAAUCUCUUUUCUGGAACACUCCCACCAGACAUGGGGGCUACACUUCCCAAUCUCGAGGAUCUUACUCUAUUCUUAAACCGACUCAGCGGCACAAUCCCAAGCUCCAUCAACAAUGCCACCAUGCUCACUAGCUUGCAACUCAACAGAAACUCAUUCACCGGCUCUGUUCCCGCCUUCUCCAACCUACACUACCUCGAAAGGCUCGCCCUCUGGGAAAAUAAUCUCACCGGAGCGAAUGAACUCCUAUCUUCCCUAACAAACUGCCCCGUUUUGAAAUUCUUAGAAAUUUCAUUCAAUUAUGAAAUGGCCGGAGUUCUCCCUCCUUCGAUCGGGAACUUCUCGAAUUCGCUUGAAGUUAUUAGGGCUACAUACUCUGACAUUAGAGGUGGCAUUCCCUCUGAGAUUGGAAACUUAACUAGUUUGCUGAAUUUGCAGUUGUCUGGUAAUAAACUCACCGGAUCCAUCCCAACCACUAUUCGAAACUUGGAAAACCUCCAAGUAUUGAGGCUUGGAGAAAAUCAACUUGAGGGGAAAAUCACAAAUGAUCUCUGUCAGCUCCGGAUGCUGGGGGACUUGAAUAUGAGUGCGAAUCUGUUCACUGGCUCGAUCCCGGGAUGCCUAGGUGAAAUUCAAACCCUAAGAAGCAUCUCCUUUGCGAUGAACAAGAUGAACUCGGCAAUACCUUUGAGCUUCUGGAGUCUUAAGGAUUUGGUGUAUCUAGAGUUGCAAUCAAACCAAUUGAGUGGUGAGCUUCCACCACUUAUUGGAGAUUUGAAGGAAAUAGACAUAUUAGACCUCUCGUAUAAUCAAUUUUCAGGUGAAAUUCCAACCUCUAUCACCAAUGCUUCUCGGGUUUCCUUUAUUGACUUGAGCAGUAACUCAUUCACGGGUUCCAUUCCCAACUUCGGUAAUCUAAGCCAGCUGGUAUUCCUUGUCCUCAGUAAAAAUAAUCUGACCGGAGCAGAAUCUCCCAAUCAAGAAUUGGGAUUUCUUUCUUCUUUAUCAAACUGCCCAAAUUUAAGCUACUUGGAUAUUAGUAACAAUCCGAUGAUGAAUGGUGUCCUUCCAGCUUCCUUUGGAAAUUUGUCUGUUUCUCUUGUCACCUUCACAGCAUCCAACUGCAGCAUCAGAGGAUUCAUCCCACCUAUAUUUCGAAAAGGAUGUAUGCUUGAAUUACUCGAUUUCAAUGGUAAUAAGUUGGAAGGAGCAUUACCCCAAUCCCUUUCAAAUUGUCAAAGUCUGCAGGUUCUUGAUAUUGGAAACAACAGAAUACAAGACACCUUUCCAGUUUGGACCGGAAAUUUCACUGAUCUUCGCGUCCUCAUAUUGAGAUCCAACAACUUUAGUGGUACCAUUUCUUCUCUCAUUUCCAAAACCAGGCUUCCAUUCCCCAAGCUUCAAGUUUUUGAUAUAUCUCAUAAUGCAUUCAUUGGCAAUCUGCCCCAAAGAUAUCUGAGGAAUUUCAAAGGGAUGAUGGAUGUACAAGAGAAUCAUCCAGUAGAUCAAGAACGGGUUUCAUUUUAUAGAUAUUCAUUGACAUUAACAGUGAAAGGUUCAGAUCUAGAAUACGAGAAUCUUUUGACUACCUUCACAACAAUCGACAUGUCAUCCAACAGAUUUUCAGGCAGUAUCCCAAACUCCAUAGGAAAUUUGAAUUUCUUGAUAUAUUUGAAUCUGUCUCACAACUGCCUCACAGGAGGUAUACCUGCAUCUCUUGGAAACGUGGCAGAACUCGAGUCGUUGGACCUGUCUUCAAACCGAUUGGAAGGGGAAAUUCCAACAGAGCUUACAAAGCUCACAUUUCUUGCUGUGAUAAACCUUUCCAUGAAUAAUCUUUCAGGGAAGAUACCUCAAUCCAAUGGCCAGUUUUCCACGUUUGAAAAUACAUCAUAUGCUGGGAAUUUUGGACUGUGUGGAUUUCCAUUAACACGAAAAUGUGAAGAGCCUUCGCCUCCUGUCAUGCUGCAAGAAGAAGAUCAUGAUGAUGAUUAUGGUAUUCUAGACGGAUUCGGUUGGCAGGCGGUUGUUUCCGGAUAUGGAUGUGGAUUCGCAAUCGGUCUGAUUGUGGGUGGUCUGACUCUUGGGUAUGGAAGGCCUAAAUGGUUGUUGGAAUGGAUCUACAGAUUUUACAUGAUAAAGAUGAGAAGCCGAGCACCACAAAGAAGAAGAUAAGAAUUUGAAUAAUGGCUAUUGUGUUUUGUCACAUUUGUUUGCAUGUUAUGCUGAACUUUCUAAGUUGUGUUCUACAAUCCAUUGCUUCCUUA